CCCUAGGGACGCGUAUAACUUGCUCUAUCCAUCUUCUCUGUGUUCCCGCCGCCAGCUUUCCCUUUUUUUUUUUUUUUUUGUAUUCUUCUCUCUUUCAUCUCUGUUUCCAGCUUGGAUAUUACAGUAUUACAAAAUUAUUACCAUAAUAAUAUUUCUCAAUUUGUUUGUUCAACUGAAAUUCUUUCCAUUCUACUUUUUGUGUUUUACAUUACAAGCAAACUCAACAUCUUCUUAAGAAAGGAAGAAAAUUAGAAAAAGUGAAGUAAAGGGUAGUAGUAUAUUGUAGAGUUAAGUUUGAACAAAGAAAGAAACAAAGAAAAAUGGUGAAGAACAACAAGAAGCUACAACAACAACAAUCUUACAUUGCUGUUUCUUCUGAAAUCAUAAAUUCUCUCUCUUCUUCUUCUUUACAAUCUCUUCUUGUAACCCAUCAUCAACCCCAGAUUAAAAGAUGUUCAAAUAAGCCAAAGAAAUGGGUAAAAAACCCAAUGUUUUUGCUGAUUUUUACUAUCGUCUUGUUGGGGUUUCUGGGUAUGGUUACGCUUUACUUCCUCAAUCUCCCGAAUGCGUGUAACCAGCAUCAGUUGCGAGACGAGGAAGUUGUAGAGUUUAAAAGUAAAAUGACAAUAUUGCCAAAUAUGGUCGAUUCGAGUGAAGAUUUCUGGAAUCAGACGAAUGGGUUCGGACUCGGGUAUCGGCCGUGUUUGGAGUUCAGCCAAGAGUAUAGACAGACGAGUGAGGAGAUAGCCAAGGAUAGGACUAAUUAUUUGAUGGUGGUUGUUAGUGGUGGGAUGAAUCAGCAGAGGAAUCAGAUUGUUGAUGCUGUUGUUAUUGCUAGAAUUCUUGGAGCUGCUCUUGUUGUUCCUGUUUUUCAAGUAAAUGUUAUAUGGGGAGAUGAAAGUGAGUUUUCGGAUAUUUUCGAUUUGGAACACUUCAAAAGGGUGCUUGCUGAUGAUGUAAAGAUAGUUUCGUCUCUACCAUCAACGUUGUUGAGGAUUAAACCAGUUGAAGAGAGUCAAACUCCCUUUCAUGCCACUCCUCAUUGGAUCCGCCAUCACUACCUUGGAAAGCUGAAAAAGUAUAACGUUUUGUUGCUGCGUGGUCUGGACUCCAGGCUCUCUAAGGAUCUCCCAUCUGAUCUUCAGAAGCUCCGUUGUAAGGUUGCAUUUCAGGCACUCAAGUUUGCUCCUCACAUUAUACAAUUUGGUAACAAAAUUGCUGAGAGGAUGAGCAGUAAAGGCCCUUAUGUUGCUCUUCAUCUGCGAAUGGAAAAGGAUGUGUGGAUAAGAACUGGAUGUUCACCUGGCUUGAGCCCAGAGUACGAUGACAUGAUAAACAAUGAGAGAAAGCGUCGCCCUAAGCUUCUUACUGGCAAGUCCAACAUGACCUCCCAUGACAGAAAGCUUGCAGGACUUUGCCCCUUAAAUGCCUUUGAGGUUGCUCGAUUGCUCAAAGCUCUUGGUGCUCCAAAAAGUGCUAGAAUAUACUGGGCUGGAGGACAACCACUUGGUGGCCAAGAUGCCUUGCUUCCUCUCAUUAAAGAAUUCCCUUACUUUUACAACAAAGAAGAUCUUGCACUGCCUGGUGAACUGGAACCGUUUGCAAACAGAGCCUCGUUCAUGGCUGCCAUCGACUAUAUAGUCUGUGAGAAGAGUGAUGUGUUCAUGGCAUCUCAUGGUGGAAACAUGGGACAUGCUCUCCAGGGACAGAGGGCUUAUGCAGGACACAAGAAGCAUAUAACUCCCAAUAAGAGACACAUGCUGCCCUACUUCAUGAAUUCUUCUCUGCCUGAAACCGAGUUUAACAAAAUCGUGAAGGAACUCCACCACGACUCUUUAGAGCAGCCAGAUUUAAGGACAGACAAGCCAGGAAGAGAUGUUACCAAGUAUCCUAUCCCAGAGUGCAUGUGCAAUACUUCUUCAAACAGUCAUUCCUCUUCUUGAAAACUCACACUUAAUUCGUUUCCUCAUCACGUAUACUUGUCAACUCUUAGGAAUGGGACAUGGAAUAAUCGCUCGAAGAGAGCUAAGCCAAGGCAAAUGUUACAGCAAGUAUAACCGGAUGAUAUUCAUACUAACAGAAUCAGUCUUACACCCUAAAAGCGCAAUCUUUGGUGCACUUCAGUGCAAGGUUAUUCCUUUAUUCUUUCCAUUCUUUUAUAGAUUUUGUUUAGCUUAUACACCCAGUAACUUUGUAAAUUUUUUUGUUUUAUCACAUCCUAUACUUGUAUAUAUGUACAGAUAGCAACACAAUCAAGAUUACACGUUUAUUUAUUUCCUUUUCGAUGUAGAACAUGCGAUAUUGUAAUGCAAGAAUCAAUAUCAAUAUUAUUAUACAAAAGUUGUAUGUAGUAGUAGAUGAUUACUGCAGCAUAAUUCUUCAAGUA